AUGCUUGGCUCAGUACUCCCAGAACUCGCCGUACGAUCCAUCGUUCCAUGCUUCGAUGGUGAAGUCGUAGCCGCCACCUUCGCCGAGUCGAUAGCGGCGCGAUCAAAGUCAAGACUCUUGCUCUGGAAUACUUCAGACUUCACUCCACAAGCCGAGUCUGCCACUCCGAUACCCCAGUACCAGCCACUGGCAGACCAAGUCGAGUGCCUUGUCGGCGCCUAUGGACAUGGACUUGUCUUCCUGCACCAGGACGGCUGGAUCUGCUCUGCCGACUCUCUGAAUUUCGAUGUCGAGUAUUAUGACCGCCACUUCUUCGUUCCCACAGACUGGCUAAGUACAACGGGCAAUUUGAUGCUUGGGAUCUUCCGGAAUGGGAAUAUUGUUUUUGUGCAGCGCGACGAGCUUGUUGUAAUUAGACGAGGUUUGGAACAUUUCGAGCAAGGUCAGUCACGAGGUAAUGGAAAGAGACCCUCGUUGACAAGAACGAUGGUGUCGGAUUCCGCGGUAGAUGCGGUGUCCUCGAAGACUCGGUAG